CAAAUCUGCCCAUUACCUAAGAUGUAUAUAGUUAAAGAAUUACAGUCAUCUCUCCUUGUAUACAAUAAUGCCAUCUUAAUUCCUUUCUCCUCUCUCUAUAUAACACAAACUGCAGAAAUUGAUCUCUUGUAAACAAAAAGAAUGGAAUCAAAACUAGUUGAUCAGUUCCAUUUCUCGUCUAUGGUUUCCCUCUAUGCAUCAAAUAGAUGGUGGAGCGGAGACACGGUUGCGGUGGUGACCGGAGCUAACAAAGGUAUAGGUCUGGCGGUGGUGAAGCGAUUUGCAGAGCUGGGAUUAACUGUGGUAUUGACGGCGAGGGAUGAGGAAAGAGGGAAGAAAGCUACCGAGAAAUUGAGGGAAGAAGGGCUUGAUAAUGUGCGGUUUUUUGCGCUGGAUGUUUCCAAGGCUGCUUCCAUUAAAACCUUUGUGUCGUGGGUGGAAACAACAUUUGGAGGACUGGAUAUUCUUGUUAACAAUGCAGGUGUUUCCUUCAACGAUAUCCACGAGAACUCUGUGGAGUUCGCAGAGACAGUAAUCAAAACCAAUUUUCAUGGACCCAAGUUACUUACUGACUCACUCUUGCCGUUGUUUCGCCUUUCUCCUUCUAUAAGUCGUAUACUUAACAUUAGCUCCAGGCUUGGCUCCAUUAACAAAGUGAGAAACCAUACUAUAAAAGCAACUCUACAGAAGGAGAGGCUAUCGGAAGAAGAAAUUGAGGGCGUAGUAAAAAUGUUUCUUGAAGCCGUGAAGGAAGGGAGAUGGGAAAGGGAAGGGUGGCCGCAAAUAUGGACAGAUUAUUCAGUGUCAAAGCUGGCAUUGAACGCUUACUCUAGGGUUUUGGCGAAGCGAUUUGAAGGAGGAAGAUUAAGUGUUAACUGCUUUUGCCCCGGCUACACUCAAACAUCCAUGACACGUGGGCAAGGCACUCACACCCCUGAUGCCGCCGCUGAAGUUGCCGUCAGCUUGGCCUUGCUUCCUCCGCAUGAGUUGCCUACUGGUCACUUCUUUCUAGGAUUUGGACCUUAUAAUCAAUCUAGACUAUAAAUCAGUUUUUAGUUUUGAUUAUUAUUAGUUAUUUCAAACCUAAGAAAAAGGAAAAAGAAAAAGUUGAUCCAAAACAAAGAAUUUUUGAUUUUGGAAAAUAUAGAGUACGUGCAAAUCUGAAAUAGAA